AUGCGUGCAAUGUUAGCGGUUCUCUUCUGUGCCUUAUCCUUUUUUGCCUGCGUGUCACUGGCUCAUCCUUUAUCAGAUGAAGAGAGCUUGGAACUAUUCAAGCGCUACUUUGAUCCCAUCCGAUUUGCAAUGGGUCCUAUUCGCACUAAGGAGGACUUGGAUAAACGUGAAUCGGUCAUCGCCUCAAAGCGAUACUUCGAUCCCAUCCUCUUCAAGCACGCCUUUUAG